AUGGCCCUGGGGAAUGGGACAGUGACCAUAUUCGUCCUUCAGAGCUUCACUCAGGACCCUUGGAUUCAGGCCACCCUCUUCUGCCUCUUUUUUGCCCUGUUCACCGUGGCUCUGGCAGGAAAUGGCCUCAUAAUUGCUGCCAUCAGCUGCAGCCCCAACCUGCACACCCCCAUGUACUUCUUCCUAGUCAACCUGGCCGUGUUGGACAUGGUGUGCACCUCGUCCAUCCUGCCCAAGGUGCUGCAGAGCCUGGUCGCAGACAGCACUAUCUCCUUUGGAGGCUGCCUCAGCCAGAUGUUCUUCUUCACCUGGUCACUGAGCUCUGAGCUGCUGCUAUUCACUGCCAUGGCCUAUGACCGCUACCUGGCCAUCUGCCGGCCACUACACUAUGGAACACUCAUGAGCAGCAGAGUGUGUGUGGCCCUGGCAGCCUUUGUGUGGUUCACAGGGGCAUUCAACGCCUCCCUGCUGACAGGCAUGAUCCUGCAACUCAACUUCUGUGGCCCCAAUCUCAUUGCGCACUUCUUCUGUGAGAUCCCUCCUGUGCUGCUACUGUCCUGCAGCCCGACCUUCCUCCAUGACAUCAUGACCAUCACUGCUGACAUGUUCCUAUCAGGCCUGAACUUCCUGCUGACCAUGGUGUCCUACGGCUGCAUCAUCGCCAGCAUCCUGCGCAUCCGGUCGGCUGAGGGCAAGCGCCGUGCCUUCUCCACCUGCUCCUCCCACCUCAUUGUGGUCACUUUGUACUACUCCACUGUGCUCUAUACCUACAUCCGGCCGGCCCUCGGCUCUGCCGGGCUCCUGGACAAGGCCAUCGGUGUCGUAUACACCAUUGUGACACCCACCUUGAAUCCUCUCAUCUACACCCUGAGAAACAAGGAGUUUAAGGCAGCCCUUAAGAAACUCUUCCCUUGUUCCCCUACAUGA